AUGAAGCUUUGCGUUCUCUCUGUCCUGAAGUCCCAGCGCCAUUUCAGUUGGCCCAAUCGGACGCUGAGCAAUGCUGUCAGGCUAACAAUUCAGUGGCCAAUGGUGGAUGGGAUGCCAGCCAUUGCUGUGGCUGAUCCAUCAGUGAUGCCCUUGAAGAACCUGCUUAGUCAUGGAAGAGAGGCAUCCUCCAGAUGGCGGAUUCAACAUCCUCCAUUUUGGGAAACAUUCUUCCAGCGGCUUCGGGAGCUCAAGGAUCAGGUGGGUGUCGUAGAGGCCGUGCAGAUCCUAUGCAUCGUGACGAAGCUCAGGCUUGUGGACUUGUAUUUGGUCGAGAUGUCAGUCGAGAAGAUCCUUCAAGCAGAUGAUGAGGAAGUGCUGGAUUUGCCACAGCGAGAUUUAGCAGAAGCUGCAGAGGCACUGGCUAUCAUACGCCCGGAGGAAACCAAUCUGCUGAAGGCUAUGGCGGUCUUGCUGCGAGUGCUCGCAGCCCGUGCACAUAGGCUAAGAGCUGGGCACGCUGUGAAACUUCUCACUGCAGCUGCAGAGGCUCGGAGUUCGAGCUGUCACGAUUUCGCAGAGGCGUUUUGCCGCUCACUUGUUGAGCGCCAGGACGCCCCAAGCCAGGACAUUGCAAUGGCCGCUGAAGCUACAGCAAAGUUGGUGACUUCUGGCUUAUACAGAUUGGAGCCUCAUCCAUGCGGCCUGGAGUUGCUGUUGCAACAUGCUGCGCGCCGUGUGCAAAGCUUCACACUGCCGCGGUUGAGACAGCUGGUGGAUGCAGGCAUGAGCCUUAAAUCUCCAGCUUCGAUAGCAUUGCAGCAGCUUCUACACCAACAAGAGCUUAUUGCUGUGGAGCGGAGCACCGCUGAAAAGAAGUCCGAGUGA